AUGUCAACUUCUCCCGGUAUCUCCAUUCAACGAACAUGGUCUUGCCACUGUGGAUGCGUCCAAGCCAAGCUCCUCAAUGAUUCCACUCCUGGGUGCUUUCGCUGCCAUUGCCAUUCUUGUGUGGCUGCCGCGAAGUACAUUGCCAAGGCCACCGACGACAAGCCCUCUAUGAUUCCAAUGCUGCAUGCAGAUGGUGGUGCAUGUGUUUCUCCAUACGCUGCUGAGAAUGUUGAAUUCACUACCGGUCUGUCAGAUACUGAUGGGAAUUCAAUGCUGAAGUUUGUGAAAGUCGGAGAGGAGGGCUCGGCUUGGAGGUGCUCUACUACCUGCUGUGGUACCCAAAUGACCAAUUGUGUUUUCCCAGGUUGGAUUGCCUUCAAUCGUAAUGGAAUCAAGAAUGAAGAUGGCUCCAAGUACGACCCUGAGAUCAUCAACGUUUUCAAAAGCUGCUCUUUUGACCCCAAGUCUGUCCCCGAGCCAAGCCAUGAAACUCUUCCAGAUGGUUGGUUUGACGUUUUUAUGACCAAAGCCACGGGCAGCACCAAACUGAAGGAUCUCUACCCGGAGCUUUUUCCAAAAGAGGCUGACAUCACUGACAUUGUUCCCAUCACCUGGUAA